AUGGGUGAAUUGGAAGGCUGGUCUAAUAACUGGCUGGAACCCGCGUGUUUGCUGUGGCAAUCUGGUGGUCGUGGCUAUGAAAGACCUCCUUACAUGACUCGAACCGACGAAGAUGAGCCGCAUUACACAGCAGAGCAAGAACUUGCCUAUAUGCAAAAACAAGUCAAUGAGAGCGAUGGGUUUGAUAUCGAUUACACAUUAAACCGUUGCGUUUUCAACUACCAUCCUGCUAUGCUUGAUUCACAUAUGUUCGUUGACAAGCCAAAAACCACUGAAGAUUUGCUCAAGAGGCUCUCUCAGAAAUCCCUUGAUGACUACAAUGAAACAAAUAAGACCAGAUUUGAGUUUGUCAAGGUUGUUAAAGCCAAUUUUCACUGGGCUACUGCGAUUAUGCAUCUCAUAACAUUUGAAGUUAAGGACCCUUUUGAUGACAAGAUAAAACUCUUCCAAGCAAAGGUACGCCACGCUCAAGGUGUUGUUGAAGAGUACGUCUUCUGCAGACCCAAACCCAAUCAAAUAGUGGAAUGUGUUGGGAAUGUCAAGAAAGAUGUGGAUGAAGAUGUUGAUAAAGAUGUUGAGAAAGAAGAUACCAAGAAACCAAGGAGCUUUUAUGUGGCACGAGUGAGAACCGAAGAUGAUGCUUCACCACUCUUUUAUUUCUAUCUAAUCGUUUGUCCUAUAUGUGAUGUGACUUGA